AUGUAUUCUGGUUAUGAUAUCAAUGAUUUGGAUGAGUUGGAUUAUAGUGGGGAUACGGACUCGGUGUCGUUACUCUACAAGGACGCAGCAGCUGUUGUGGAUAAAGUCAUAUUGCAUGGUGUUGGCCUUAGGGAAGCUUUCUACAAGUCUAAGCUGAAAAUGUGCAAAACGGUCAAGUCCAGGGCCGGUAUGCGGAUCCUGAUCCACGCGUGA